UAUGAAUACAUCUUUAUUUUAUAAUCAAACUAGACAGUCAACUAAAAAAAUAUCUCUCUUCUUUAAACGUUAUAGAUUUAAAACAAAUUACGCCAGGACGAAUCCUCAGCAAACUGUAAUUGAAAAAGCUUUAAGACACUUUGAUGUAUACUAUUCAAAAGACUUUAAUGAAUUGUGGCCAACAUUAAGAGUUGGGCUAUUGUCUCAACCAAAGCAGUGUGCUCUCGUUAAUAAUUUUGGUAACCCGUCAGCAACUAUAGACAAAUUAUGGGAAUUAGGGUCAGUCGACUUUACGCAACUUGCAAGAGAAGAGAAAAACAGUUAUUACGGAAAAAUUGGUAGCCCUACAUUGAGUUUAAAUGAAGACAAACAAGUUCAAGAUACAUUUGAGCCAAUAGCCGAAGAGGAUGAAGUAAAAAGAUUUGGUCAGGAUGAUUCUCUUAAUCUACAACAAUUUAUGCCAACAACAAGAGUAUUAUCCGAAAGAGAAUCUCUAGAAGAAGAAGAAAUGGCAAAGAAUACAUUUCAAGGAGAUCAGUCAGAAGUUCAAAUAAUCUUUUCAAAUGAAGAACUGCCAAAGUUUAUUAACGCAUUUUCAUUCGAAAAAGGAGUACCAACAAUGUUCGAACCACCGACAAAGAGCUCUAACGGAUAUUUAGAUUAUAUUUUAAUCGAUGGUGGAGCCUUAUUACCAGUAUUCGCAUUGGACCUACAGCCCGAAGAAGUUGUUGGAGAUUUCUGUUGCGGUAGCGGUGGUAAAUCAAUGAUUAUGUUACAAUCACUAAUGCCAGAGCAGAUACAUAGUGUUGAUAGAUCGUACUUAAACAUGAGAAAUUUGCGUUCAUCGUUUCAAUUCUUUUUAUCAAAUUAUAAAGAUAAAAUUUCAACUCAUCAUGUAGAUUUAUUCAGAUUUUAUGAUAGAUAUCGAAAUAAUAUACACUUUGAUAAAAUACUUCUUGACGUACCUUGUAAUAGUGAUAGACUUUCUGUAACAAGUCCUAAUAUGAAUAUGUUUACGGGCGUAAAGCAGUCCGAAAGACUGGAGUUAACUGAAAUACAAUCCGAAAUGCUAUGUCUUUCCCUAAAGAUGCUAAAAGUUGGCGGAUCAUUAGUAUACACUACUACCACAUUAUCUCAAGCUCAAAAUGAUGGCGUUAUUCAAGCCACUUUACAACAAUUUCUUGAAACUGACCUGGAGUUCAUGAUUCAUGAUUUAAGUCGAUUAGUCACUAAAUUUGGAAAGUAUUUCUGGUUUCAUAAAACUUCGGCUUUUGCCUGCGCUGCUUCACCGUUUGUCAUCGUGAUGUAUGACUUUUUCGAAAUUUACUGUUACACCAAACGCCUAAGAAAAACGCUUAAACAAAUACCUGGAAAUAGAGGUCAUUGGCUUUUUGGACAAUUACGAGAGUGGCCUGAUGAGCUAGACGAGAGAGUAUUGAAAAGGUAUAGGGAAAAAGUACACAAAUACCCGAAAUGGAGACAAGAGUGGAUGUCAGUAUUUUGUCCAGAAUUAAUUUUAUCCCAUCCCGAAACGGCAAAGGUUUUAUUUAAUACGGCUAAUCCUAAAUCUAUGCUUUGCAAUGGAGUUUAUCGAAUGGGCGAACCCUGGUUGGGUAAUGGUCUAUUAAAUUCAGGAGGUGAUAUUUGGAAGAGAAAUAGAAAAUUGCUCACUCCAGCAUUUCAUUAUGAUAUAUUAAAGAGCUAUCUUAAAGUUAAAAAUGAGGCUGUCGAUAAACUAUUAGUAAGCCAUACGAGCAAAAUGUCAAAAAAUUCGCAUGAGAGCUUUGAAAUAUUUUCAGCCCUAAGCAUGUUAAGCUUAGAUAUUAUGCUAAGAACUACUAUGUCAUACGAAACACCUGUACAAGAGCUCGGCGAGAAACAUCCCUAUUUAGAAGCUGUCAUUAAAUUACAAGAUCUAUGGAUGAAUAGAGCACUCAAUCCGUUUCUUUAUAGUGAUUUUAUAUUUAACCUAUCACCAUCUGGGUUUAAAUUUCGCUCAUUAUGCAAUUAUGUUCAUGGUAUCACUGACGAUAUUGUAAGAGUAAGAAGACAAGCUUUGAAAACUAAUACUCCAUCAACGAGAAAAUAUAAAGACUUAUUGGACAUUCUCCUGUUGGCUAGAGAUGACAGUGGCACUGGCCUAACCGAUAAGGAAAUUAGAGCUGAAGUUGAUACAUUUUUAUUCGCGGGUCAUGAUACAACAUCCAGCGCUUUAUCGUGGACUCUAUAUCAAUUGGCUCAGUAUCCGGAAAUUCAAGAAAAAUGCAGAGCAGAGAUUGAUAAGAUAUUUACCGACAAAGACGACGAUGAUAUUGUUUGGUCAGACCUAACUAAAAUGGAAUAUCUUACAAGGUGCAUUAAGGAAUCUUUGCGUAGGGUACCUCCAGUACCUGUCAUACAACGGCGUAUCGAUGGCUCUUUAGAUAUAACUGGGGUGGAAGUCCCUCACAAUUCUCCUGUGUCUAUACAUAUCUAUGAAAUACACAAUAAUACUACAGUUUGGGAAAAUCCUUUAGAAUUUGAUCCUGAUAGGUUUUUACUAGAAAAUACCAAGAAAAAAGAUCCAUUCAGCUUUGUUGCUUUCUCCGCUGGACCAAGAAACUGUAUAGGUCAGAAUUUCGCAAUGAAUGAAUUGAAAAUAGUAAUAUCGAAAGUUUUAAGAAAGUUCAGAUUAGAAACUGAUCCGGAAAAGCCGUCAGUGUAUAAAUUCUCAAUUGUAAGUAAAGCAAUGAAUGGACUCUACGUAAAACUUAAUCCUAGAUCAGAUUUGGAAUGA